CACGUUAUGCACAUAACACAACAAUUCCUUUGUCCCAUUCUCUACUCUCUCUUUCUUCGCUGAAAAACCCUUUCUUCAAGUUGCAAUUUUUCUGUUCAUUUCUUCAACAAAUUAUUCAAACUUUUUUGUCUUGAAAUCCGGAUUUGAUUAUUAUUAAUUUGCUGCAAAUUGCGAUUCUUUGCUUUCCUUUAGAACUCUCCCAAAUCCCAGUAUCUUUGGAUUCGCCACCUUUAUUCUGCGUAGCUGCACCUUAUUCUCUCUCCAUUCCCCAUUUGGAACUCUAUCGAUCUGGAGCUAACCGCAUUCAAAGCUCUCAAAUUUCCGGUUCAGGAUGGAGAAGUACGAGCUCGUCAAGGAUAUAGGAUCUGGGAAUUUUGGGGUGGCAAGGCUCAUGCGGCACAAAGAAACCAAGGAGCUUGUUGCCAUGAAAUACAUUGAAAGGGGUCACAAGAUUGAUGAGAAUGUUGCCAGGGAAAUCAUAAACCAUAGAAGUCUUCGCCACCACAAUAUUAUUCGGUUCAAGGAGGUGGUUUUGACUCCUACUCAUCUGGGCAUUGUUAUGGAGUAUGCAGCUGGUGGAGAGCUCUUUGAGAGGAUUUGCAGUGCUGGAAGAUUCAGUGAAGAUGAGGGUCGAUAUUUCUUCCAGCAGCUCAUCUCAGGAGUUAGCUACUGUCAUUCCAUGCAAAUCUGUCAUCGAGACUUGAAGCUUGAAAACACCUUAUUGGAUGGCAGCCCUGCCCCACGGCUCAAAAUUUGUGAUUUUGGUUACUCUAAGUCAUCCCUGCUUCAUUCAAGGCCUAAGUCAACUGUGGGAACCCCAGCCUACAUUGCGCCUGAGGUUCUUUCACGCAGAGAAUACGAUGGAAAGCUAGCUGAUGUAUGGUCCUGUGGAGUGACUCUUUAUGUAAUGUUGGUGGGAGCAUACCCAUUUGAAGACCAAGACGAUCCCAAAAAUUUUAGGAAAACCAUCAAUAGAAUUAUGGCUGUUCAAUACAAGAUCCCCGACUAUGUUCACAUAUCUCAAGACUGCAGACAUAUGCUAUCUCGCAUUUUUGUGGCAAAUCCAGCUAGGAGAAUUACCAUUAAGGAACUCAAGUCCCACCCAUGGUUUCUAAAGAACUUGCCUAGAGAAUUAACAGAAGUAGCUCAAGCUGCCUACUACAGAAAAGAAAAUCCAACCUUUUCACUUCAGAGUAUAGAGGACAUCAUGAAUAUUGUUGAGGAGGCCAAGAUUCCACCUCCGGCGUCCAGGUCAGUUGGAGGAUUUGGUUGGGGAGGAGAAGAAGAUGAGGAUGAAACAAAAGAAGCAGAGGUUGAGGCUGAGGAAGAUGAGUAUGAAAAGAGAGUCAAAGAAGCACAAGCAAGCGGGGAAUUUCAUGUUAGUUAGUGUUGAUUUUUAGAUAGAGCAAUAGAUUCUUGGUUUCCUUCGCACCUGGUUUAGUUCAACUAAGGUGAGUGUUCUGCUCGUAUGUAUAAAAUUCAGUUUUCCGCAUAGGACUUGUAGUUGAAUAAACGGAUGUACAUUUUUUCUAAGGUUGUUAAAUUGACUAUCUUAUAAAUAUUAA